GAAGGCGGUCAUAUUUGCGCAUGCGUGCACAACAUGCGUGUUGCAGUUGUUUUAGAGGACACUGAUAGUUGAGAUUAUUUGUAGCCUGUAGUACACAAAAUGGUGUUUAAGUGUUAGAUGAGUUUGUGUUGAAGACUCACUGAACUGUUUAUCGAUAUGAACCGAGGACUGUUUAUUUGUUUACGUGGCAAAGACGCGCUGAGAAAACCGCAUCAGUUUGUUCGAUACGGAAGCAUUCGGCAGUAUAUGAAAAGUAAAUCAGAAAAUGAAAUAAAGCGGUUUAUUGAAGAAAACACUGAGAUAGUCAAAGGUCAAAGUUUAACACCCGAGAUCUCUUUAAGACUCUUUACAGUGAAAUGUCGCUUCUGGACGGAGAGACCAGAGUUCUGGCCAUUUCCUGAUCCAUUCUGGGCUAUAUACUGGCCUGGGGGGCAGGCACUGACCAGGUAUCUUCUAAAUAAUCCAGAGCUGUCAGUAGGUAGAAGAGUGCUGGAUCUUGGAUGUGGCUGUGGUGCAUCUGCUAUUGCUGCUAAACUCAGUGGGGCUGCUCAUGUGGUGGCCAAUGACAUUGAUCCAAUUGCUGCUAUUGCCACAAAGAUGAACUGUGAGCUGAAUGGUUUAGAGCCCUUGCCUUGUGUGACUGAGAACCUGAUCAGUUCAGAACCUGAGAACUGGGACCUCAUCCUGUUGGGAGACAUGUUCUAUGAUGAGACUCUUACAGACAGCUUACAUAAGUGGCUCUACAAAUGUGUUAAGCUUUACAGAACACAGAUCUUUAUUGGAGACCCAGGACGUGCUCAGUUUGAGAGUUGUGACAUCAAGACACUGUUGUAUGAACAGGCUCGGUUUGAGUUACCUGACUCAGUUCGAGAGGAAAAUUACGGACUGACAAGUAGCACAGUGUGGUGCUACAGACCUGAAUACUAAGAUACUUUUUCUCCAGAAAAAAAGUCUUUAAACACAUAACUGACACUUCAAACUCAUUUUAAUAAGAUGUACAUUAUUUAUAGGACUUGGCAGGUUACUGUGAGAAAACACUGUUAGGAUUUUCACCCAUAUCUAAUAUGAAAGAAAAUUGAUUCAUGUUAUGUUUUUUUUUUCCUGUAAGACCACUUGAGUUAUUCUGAAUGUAUCAAAAAGUUCAAACAGGCCAAAACUGUCCACCUCAGAGUUCAUUCAAGAAACUGGUCGAGUAAGAACCAUCCAUACAUUUUCUGUACUGCUUAUCCUACACAGGGUCAUGGGGCCUGACUCAGGGGACAUCACAGGGCACAAUCGCACACCCCUUCACACACUACAGACACAUCUGAAAGCUUGUCUUUGGACUGGAAGAGGAAAUCAGAGUUCCCAGAGGAAACCCCUAAAGCAUGGUGAGAACACACAGGGCAGAGGCGGGAAUCAAACCCCUAACCCUGGAGGUGUGAGAAAACCGUGCUAACCACUAAGCCACCGUGUCCCCUCAAGUAAGAACUAUUCAUUCAAAGAGAUUAAUCCUUCUUCAGUUUGGAGAAGAUGCAAGAACCUCCACUCUCCUGAUCUCUUCCCUCUGUUUCUCUCUUCUUUUUUCCAUGGCUUUUUCCUUUUUUCUUCCAGAACAAAUCAUUUUGUAUAAUUUAAACUAAACCCAUCAUUGAUCAGUUGUGUUGCAAGAUUUUGUGCUAUAGUAGAUUUCAAAAUCUUUUUUUCACAUGUUUGUAUAGAUAAUAUAAAGAAAUGUAUUUACUUAACAUGAUUUUUUUUUGACUGUCAGAUUACAACCAUAUUUUGGGUACAAGUUUUUAACUGAAAACAAUUCACUCUUUCAUCCACCUUUUCAUCUUCAUCAAUAAUUUUAUUAAGAAAUAGACAUUAAGAAGAAUUAAGGUUCUUACAUCCAAAAAGUGCUGUAUAAAGUUAUUGUAAAAUAAAUUAUACCAAAAAAACCCAUAGUGCAUUACUAAUAUUUAGCACAGUCACAUCACUGAUAUUCCAUAAGCUAUAUACUCAUUCACCUGUUUCACUUGUGCUAUGGACAGUUUCAACAGCUCAGAACACAAACUGUAAUCUUGUUUAAUAUGUGUGAGUUUAGCAGUGACACCUGUGUCUUGUUAAAGACAAGUGUUUACUACGUGUUUGUGCACGGUAGAUUUUUAUAUGCGUUAAGAGG